AUGAUAGCAAACAAGACUAGUUCUUCACUUUUAAUUAGAUCUUUGAGUAGAGGUGCUACUACAUCGGUUGUAUCAUCAAAUAUCAAAAAUAGUUUCAAAUAUUGUACCGUUACAACUCCAACGUCAUCAUCAUCAUCAUCAUUGUUUAACAACAAUCAAUUGGUUAGAAAUACAAAUCUAUUCAGAUCAAUUAAUCAACAACAACAACAAAUCAAUCAAUAUUCUACUGAAUCAAAUCAACAACAACAAGAAGAGAAAACAAAGAAAUCAUCAUCAUCAUCAUUCUUUAAGAAAUCAUUAUAUGUUCUUGCAAUUACAACUGUAUUGGGUGGAAUUGUAUUCUAUACUUUGGAUGAAACUGGAAAGUUAAAAUAUUUAAAAAGAAUACCAUUUAGAAUUACAUCUGGAUUAUGGGGAAAGAUGGCAUAUACUGAAUUACCAGAAUGGGCAAGAGAACCAAUUUACAAGACCUAUUCACGUAUGUUUGGUGUCAUUCAAGACGAAGUUGAGAAACCAUUCAAAGAGUACAAGUCGAUGGGCGAAUUUUUCUGUAGACACUUGAAAGACGGUGCUAGACCAAUCGAUCAGACCGCUGCUAUGGUCAGCCCGGUAGACGGACGAAUCAUCUAUUGCGGCAAGAUUGACGAGCACUCUUUGGAGCAAGCCAAGGGUCUCACCUACUCGUUGGAGGAGUUUUUGGGUAGCAGCGAGUUUGCCAAGGUCAAGGGAAAAAAGAAUCUCUAUCACAUUGGUAUCUACUUAUCACCAGGUGACUACCACGGUAUUCACAGUCCUGCCGAAUGGACCAUUCAAGAUCGUUACCAUUUCCCAGGUUACCUAUUCCCAGUGGCCAAGGUUGCAGUCGAUAAUAUCAGAGGAUUGUUUGCACUCAAUGAACGUGUCGUUUUGACCGGGCAAUGGAAACACGGUUACUUUUCACUGACACCGGUCGGUGCCUCCAACGUCGGCUCGAUCGUCACCGAGUUUGACAAGGACUAUCUCACCAACGACCCAAAUGAGAUGAAAUACGAAAACAAGGAAUUCUACUACAAAUCCUACCACAAGUCGCCAGUCAAGCAACACCGCGGUGAAGAGUUGGCCUUUUUCAAGAUGGGUUCCACCGUCAUCAUGGUCUUUGAAUUGCCAGAAGGUAAAUCUUAUAAUUUCGAUGGUCUAACCCCAGGUCAACAAGUUAAACUUGGUCAAAAAUUAGACUUUGGUCACGUUGGACUAUUAAUCGACAAGGUCAAGAGACUAGAACCAAUUCAUUUCUCGGAACGAUCAAUCUAUCACAUCUGUCAAACUGUAAAGUCAUUUGAUCACUUUCAACUACUCUACAACAAACUACGUCAUCGAUUUGUUGAACGUCUCAUCAUUCAAUACGCUUGUCAAGGUGGCCAAUUGGAGAUUAUCAAACUUUUAAGAAAUCAAACUGAACCUCUAAAAUUAUCAGAUAUAGGAGCAUAUCAUGGAGCUGCAAGAGGAGGAAAUAUUAAAGUAUUGGAAUACUUGAAACAAGAAAGAGUUGAAUUGUUAUCAAGUGAUAUUCAUGACAAUACACCACAGGCAUCAAUCAACUCAUUGAUGGAUUGUGCCAAACCAUAUUCAAAGACGGUCGAUUGGAUAUUCAAGAAUCUAGUUGAGAACCGUCCACCAGUUGGAAAGCAACUGCCAAUCAGUGUCGAUGAAAACCAAGGUAAACCAUGGGGUGUAGAGGACUGCACCACUUGGAAGGAGAAACUUGAUGUCAUUCAACGAUUCUUUAGACACUAUAUCAACGUUGAUAAAAGGAUAUCAUCUUUUUUAGACAAUGCAAAAAAGAGACAUUCGGAAGAGGAUAUCAUCCGUGCUCUCACUGUCUAUACCAAGCCAACCAGCCAAGAUGUGCAAGAAUACUAUUACCGUUUGACAUUUAAUUAUUUGACAUUUGUUGGAAAGGCUUUGUUUAAUAAUAAUGGUAUCAUUACUCAAUUGGCAACCGAUGAAUUUAAUCUAUUGCAAAACAGUAAUGACGUUGCACAUGAAAAGAAAAGAUUUAGAUUGUUGGUUGCUUAUUUGUUGGAGAUUGAAAAUGAAGUCAUAGAAACCAAUCCAGAAUACAACAUACCACCAUCAAAAGUACCAGUGUAUCCAUUCUCACCAAGAUAUGUUUUAUUGCACUUGGUUCAAGAUAUUGAUUCGAUCUAUAUUAUCGAUGAGAUGUCUGCCACUCGUUCCCAACCAAUCGACUCAUACCAAAAGUGGAGAAUGGUUAGUACAAGAGACGAUCAACAAGGUUACAACUUUACCUUGGAUUUCUAUCAACAGUUGUACCAACUUUCAGAGGAACAAAUGGAAUCCAAUGCAUCUUUGAUUGCCAAAAUAAUGGAACCACAGUCACUCGACAUUCAACCAAAGUCACCAAUGAUGUUUAAAUUGCUUUUGGAACAAUACCCACAAUUUAAUUGGGCUGGCUGGUUCAAAGACUAUGUCUACAAGUUACCAUUUAUGACGUUGGAAACCAUGGGCGUUCUCAUCGAUCGCCAAGCCAUUACACACAACAAAAACCUUGGGGCCAUCCUAUCUUAUAUUGCUUGCUACCAAAGACACGAUAUGUUGGACUAUUUGUUUGAACGUAUCCCCGUCUCUGAGAUUGUCGGCUUUGCAUGGGUAUCUUUGUUUAAAGGGACGUGGAAGAUGCUUGGUCAACUCAGAAAACGACUUCCCAACAUCAUCAGAGUGUCAGAGACUUGGCAACUAGGUAAAAUAGGGUCGCUUGACUUUAUCAACAGUGUCACUAGUCAACUGCCACUCAGCUAUCACCUCCAAAUCCUCAAGAAUGCAAUCCAUCAUCGUAAAAAGGAACUAGUCUUUGGAUACCCACCAGACAAGCUCGACCUCUUGUCAAGAUAUGCGUCUGAUCUCAUGACCAAUGUCAAUGAUCCAGAGAUUUAUGAAUGGGUGAAAAAGAUAGCCAUGGAAAAGGGUGAUGGCGUUUGGUUACCAGAGACAGCAAUCAUGAAAAUAUGUUCAAGUGGAGAAAUAGAAGUACUAGAACAUAUCAUUAAAAAGGAUCCCGCUGUCAUCAAUCAUCUCAAAUCACUGAGACUGUCUACCUAUCAAAACCAUUCAGUCAGUCUCUUUUUAUUUCUCUAUAACAUUGGCUACCAGUUCUCUGCCAAAACAGAUUCCAAUCAUGUUUCAGCACUUGACCCAAAUUCAAAUUGGUUAUCAAAUAUUCUAUUGAAACCAAAGUUGAUAGUAUUGAUAAAUUACCAUUUCAAUAUAAUGAUAUUUCAACUUGGAAAAAAUUAA